GAAGAGGGGCCGUUGCUUCCGCCUUGCUCUUGGCUGCUUCUGGGUAGCGGAGCCCGCAGAGAGGAAGAUGGCGGAGUCGGAGCCUAAAAGGAAAAUACCAUUGGUGCCAGAAAACUUGCUUAAGAAGAGAAAGGCCUACCAGGCAAUCAAGGCCACCCAGGCAAAGCAGGCUUUGCUGGAUAAGAGAAAGCAUCAGAAAGGAAAACAGAUUAAAUUCAAACGUCUUGAGGCAUUUGCACGUGACUCCCAUCGGAAACUCAGAGAUGAGGUCCGCCUGCGGCGUAUGGAACACAAACCUGGAGUAAUGCUACUACCCGAGGGACACAAACUGGCAUUUGCUGUACGAAUUAUUGACAUUAAAGGGGUGAGUGUAAAGGUUCAACACGUCAUACAGAGGUUGCGGUUGAGAAAGAUUUACAGUGGCACAUUUGUUAAGCUGUCGCCAGCAUCGCUGAAAAUGCUGCGGAUUGUGGAGCCUUACGUGGCAUGGGGAUACCCCAACCUGAAAUCUAUUCGGGAGCUGAUCCUGAAACGAGGCCAUGCCAAAAUCAACAAGAAAAAGCUUGCCCUUACAGACAAUGUUCUGAUUGAAAAGCAUUUGGGAAAUUAUGGUAUCAUUUGUCUAGAAGAUCUUAUUCAUGAAAUUUACUCAGCUGGAAAGCAUUUUCAUGAAAUCAAUAAAUUUUUGUGGCCGUUCCAUCUGUCAGUGGCUCGUCAUGCUGCUCGUAAUAAAAUGGGGUUCCGGAAGGAAAUUGGCAACCCCGGAUUUCGGGGUGAUGGAAUCAACCAGCUCAUACGACAUUUGAACUAGACUCAACUUUAUCACAUUCAAUGUCAAACUGCCACCUUUCAAGAACUUCACUGGUUUCCUUACUGGAGAUCACCACAACGAGCCGUUGAACUGAGCACUCAGAGAGCCAUUCUGAGAAGAAAAGGGGAAAAAAAUCACAAGGCCAUGAUUUUAAAAACAUUUCUACCACCUAAAGAAAUUGUUCCUUUCAGUCAACACUUCUACUAACUUUCCAUAAAUUGUCCUUGCAUUGGUAAUCCACAGUUUAUAUAAUGAAUUUGCCUGGCACAUUUGCCUGCAAAAAUUAGUCUUAUGCACAAGAAGUCACUUUAGAAGAAGAAAUCCAAGCGGCAUCUCUAUAAACAUGUCAGGUUACUUGCUAACAUACAACAGGGACGGCCAGCUUCUAUAUUCUUGGAGAACUACUCCAUGCAGCAGUUCAGGGGCUGGGAAGCUUUUUGACCUAACAAUGCUUCACGUAUGGUCAGGGGCGCAGUAUUACAGCAGUAACAGUUUCAUGCCCAAGCACAUGUGUCCCAGAACUGUGGUCACAGCUAACAAGAGAGAAAAGUUGCAUCCAUCUCAUACAAAUUUUGAAAACAAUUUUCAAUCCUAUGCUAUACUAUGGGCAGUUUAAAUACACUCACACCUGACUUAUGGAGAUAAAUGUGUCUGGAUCAAGAGCCAUAAAAAUAAUUCCAAGGGGAAGAAUCAACCUAUGAAGUACCAGUUCUCCAUUACUGAUAUACAUAUUGACAUGGUCUAAGAAAUAUUCAUCAUCGAAUAUACAUAUUUGACAUUUAAAUGGCAAGCUUCAUUACAGAACUUAUAAAUGAACUAUCAUAUCUGAGGUACUCCACUGCUUAUAAUCGAUUAACCAAAAUUUAAACUUCAGCACCUUUUAGCUGUCCUACUACAUUAUUCAGAUAGUUUUUAAGUUCAGAAUCUGCAGUUACAAGCAUAGUAAGUCCAUAUUUCUGAACAUGCGUGAAGGUUUCAGCAGGAUAGAUCCCACGUUGGUAUAAGAUACUGUUGAUGCCAUAUG